GGUUUGAGAAGUAAGUUAAUGAAACUGUGACCUUUUGUGACCGUUUUAAAGACACCAGUAUAUAAUUCUCAUGGAGAAUUCAGUACACCAUCGAUGUCUUGAAGACGCCGCUAAUUCUCCCUAAUUAAUCGUUCUAUAUCUGCAAGAGUUACAAGAGCAAUGCCUGAUAUUUGUGAACAGAAACUUGACAUUGAGAAAGAGAAAGCCAGAGGCCUCCAUCCCCGAGCGUAGUCAGGGACUUCGUUAAUUACCGUGUACUUCUUCCUCUGCAAGGUCAGCGAGUCGGGAUCGAUGCCAUAUUGUGUUUCUGUGACGGACCUGUAUUAGCGACAUCCUGUUUUACACAGUCCCGUGACAGUUUAGGUCUCAGAAUACAACACGCACUUAAGUGAAAUCACCAGUUAAAGGCUCGGCGUGAUCCUCCUGUUUAAAUUGGUUCAUUACCCGAGCUCAGUCUCCGCCCGGUCCCCGCUCGCCUCGGGCAAUUCAAAUGAUUUACUGAUAUGGACGUCUUUGGAUGGCACUACUAAUGAGAACACAGAAUGUGUAGCGCCAUAGCGCCAGGAACUGGGCAAUGACGGAGUGAGGGAGGCAGAACGCAGCAUGGGGUCAAACGACAUCUCUGCCCACGUGUACGAGCGGGUCAUUAGCAUCAUCAGCAAACCCCCUCACCGCCGGACAGACCUGGAAAUAGGACAAAUCUUGUCCUGGUUCAAGAAAAAGUCCGACUUGUUCAGACAACUCAAAGACGAGAUUAUCACAGAUAUAGUGAAGAAUUGUGAGUUUGAAACUGACGAGAAAGAUGACAUCAUUAUCAAACAGGGGGAAAAAGGCGAAUGUUUCUUCAUCAUCCUGAGUGGGACAGUGUCCAUCUAUAUCAACACAAAUUUUGGUCCUGAUGACGAAACAGGCGACACCGCCUCACCGGAAGCUGAAGAGGAGGGGUCACACACCGGAAGAAGGAACAAACCGUUGGACCGGUCUUUAUACGGAAACUAUGUUGGUAAAAUUGAUGCCGGGCGGAGUUUCGGGGAGCUGGCCCUGAUCAAUGCCGACUGUAUCCGGAACGCCACCAUUAUUGCCGACGAGAAGACGGACCUUGUUAUCGUCAACAGGGACCUGUACAAGCGAUCACUGCACGAGUUCCAAUCCAAGGACUUCGAGGAGCGCAAGAGGUUCGUGGACAGCCACGCCAUGUUUGACAACUGGCUCCCCAAGUACAAGAAGCAAAUGGCCAUGAGUCUGAGGCGGGAAAAAGUCCUGUUCGAUUCCACCAUCGUCCGCCAGGGGGCGCCCGUGGACGGGAUCAUGUUUCUGUUGAGCGGACAGGUCAAGCUGUUGAUGGACCCCGUGUUACACACUGUGCAGUACCCAAACUACUUCCCCAUAGCAGACCCAGCGGACCUAGAGAGGGUCCAAGCCAGAGAAGUUCUACGCAGGGAGCUGAGCAUUUCCCCAUCAAAGCAGGACGAGGUCAAGAAGUGGUCCCCGACUCCGGUAUCCGCGGCACCGUCCGCCACGGAGAGCAGGAACAAAAUGAGGUCCCCUCAGGUCCCCCGACACGCGAUAGAGGUCUGUAAUUUGGGGGCCUUCGAAAUCAUAGGUGACUUGGAGGCUGUCGUGGACCUCCCCACCUACUGCUAUACAGUGAAGUGUACUCAGGAAUCCGAGGUCUUUCUCCUGGACCAGAAAAACUACGAUAGACUGAUAGAAAAACGCAAUCCUAAGGUCAUCGACAUUUUCAAAGAGUCCGUCCGGGAGAAAUACCGACUCAGGUUAUCGUGGCUUCCAAACAAGGAACUUCCGCUUAUCCGCUACUUCCUAUAUCAGCUCCGCGAGGAAGAGCGAUCAAAACGAGACCGUCCUCUGAAAACGACGGUUCGGGAACCAGUACAGGACUGGAGCGUGUCCAAUCUAAAGAAGGGACCACUGAUCGACAUGUUCGGACCCGGAAGUGUGUUCUUCCUGAUUCGGAUGAAAGAAAAACAAAGACAGCUUGAGAAGGAGCGCUAUAAUGGCGCCAAAAAGAGGCUGCAGCAAACGCGCCCAAGAAACCCGCCCCAAACUGUGCCGACUGUGGAUUCUUUGGCGUAUCAGAUGUCACGUGAAAAUACUUUUGUGUCUCAGUUAGGGCGGACUUCAACUGCAGAGAGCGGGUUUGGUUCUGGUAAAAGCCAGGACAGGAGUGGAGGAUUGGAGGACGAUGUUUUCAAUGACGACAGUGGGAUUGAGUCCGCGACCAGUCGGCUUGUUUGUGGAAGUUCACAGGGUCGCACGGGUGACUCGUCGCCAAGAAACGAUUUCACGUUCAUUGAUACGGAAAUCAACGAAGAUAACCUCGUACGGCUGGAGAAACGACUUGAAGCAUGGAACAGUAAAAUGACGGCGGACUCACAACGGAAGAGGAACAAUAAACCUGUAAAACUACCUCGAUAUGUUCACGAGGGUGCUUUGGCUCCAAUUCCCGGCAAAAAGGUAUUCAUCAAACCGAUACGGAAGAAGGAAGUCGAUAUCAUAGAAACGCUCAAAAAGACCAUGGACGACAGCAGUUCUACUCACUCAAUGAGUUACAGAGACGGAGAACAAACUGAUCGCAGCGCCACUUCAGCAGUGUCGUCGGCAAGAACCCCGGCAGACGGAAAGGGAAGACGUCAUCGGCCGUGUAAGGUGUCGUUUGGUCAGAGGCCCGUCAUUCGCCGGAAACGGGCAGCCACGGCGAGACAAUAUACUGCAGAGGAAUACGAAGCAUUGAAAGGAGAACUUCGCCGGAAGCAGCUCUCUUUCAAAUCAAUCCUCUGUCGGCCACAGUCCGCCUUUGCUUAAGAGACCUCGCAGUGUUAGAGAUUGAUAUACAUUGAUGGAGAGAGAGAGAGAGAGAGAGAGAGAGAGAGAGAGAGAGAGAGAGAGAGAGAGAGAGAGAGAGACUCAAUUUACAUAGAACUGAUAAACAAACCAUGUGUAGACAAACUACUCAUUAUGAUUUCAAAAGCACUGAAAUAAAUAUAACGCAUACUGUCUUUUUUGAAUCUACGAAAUGUUGAUAUGUAUUAAAGAUAACUAUCUUUUUAA